AUGCUGGCCCGCCCUGCGCCGGUUCCUCCCCGUGCCGGCUUCCCCGCGCGCCGCCUCGAGCGAGAGGCCGUCCGCCUCGCCUGCCCGCCCGCCGACCCGGCCGGCUCCGGCCCCGGCGCCUGGCGGCUUCGCCUGCCUGCCCGACGACCCGGCCGACUCCGGCCCCGGUGCCUGGCGGCUUCGCCUGCCCGCCCGCCGACCCGGCCGACUCCGGCCCCGGAGCUAGACGGCGUCGCCUGCCCGCCCGCCGCCCCGGCCGACUCCGGCCCCGGCGCCUGCCGGCCCCGCCUGCUCGCCCGCCGCCCCGGCCGACUCUGGCUCCGGAGCCAGGCGGCUUCGCCUGCCCGCCCGCCGCGCCGGUCGACUCCGGCCCCGGUGCCAGGCGGCCUCGCCUGCCCGCCCGCCACCCCGGCCGACUCCGGCCCCGGUGCCAGGCGGCCUCGCCUGCUCGCCCGCCUUCGUCCGCCGCGCGGCUCCACUGCCCCCGACCCGCCUCCGCCUCCCCCGCGCGCCGCGCCGGCUCGCCGCUCGCCGGCACCGCUAGCUCGGCCACGGGCCUCCUCCGCUCCACGCCGGCUCGCGGCUUCGCCUGCACCCACGCCCGUCGCCUGCCCGACCUCCCGCUCCAAGGCCGGCUCCCCCCUUCCCCGCAUCCGGCCGGCUGCUCAGCCGGCUCGAGCGCGGUGA